AGAAAUCAAAAUCAAAUAAAUUCAAAUUGUAUUGGUUACAAUCGCCGAAUACAACAGGUGUAGACCUUACAGUGAAAUGCUUACUUAUGAGCCCCUAACCAACAAUGCAGUAAAAAAAUCUAUAAAAAAUCAAUAAAAAAACGAGAGUAAUAACUACGCUUAAGAAGUAGUUAAAGAGCAGCAGUAAAAUAACAGUAGCGAGACUAUAUACAUGGGGGUAUAGGAACAGAGUCAAUGUGUUGGGGCAUCGGUUAGUUGAGGGAAUAUGUACAUGUAGGUAGAGUUAUUAAAGUGAAAAUGCACAGAUGAUAACGACAGAAAGUAGCAGCAGUGAAAAAUGGGGGGGGGCAAUGCAAACCGUCUGGGUAGACAUUUGAUUAGAUGUUCAGGAGUCUUAUGGCUUAGGGGUAGAAGCUGUUAAGAAGCCUCUGGGACCUAGACCUGGUGCUCCGGUACCAGUAGCAGAGAAAACAGUCUAUGACUAGGGUGGCUGAAGUCCUUGACAAUUUUUAGGGCCUUCCUCUGACACCAUCUGGUAUAGAGGUUCUGGAUGGCAGGAAGCUUGGACCCAGUGAUGUACUGGGCCGUUCGCACUACCCUCUGUAGUGCCUUGCGGUCGGAGGCCGAACAGUUGCCACACCAGGCAGUGAUGCUACCAGCCAGGAUGCUCUCGAUGGUGCAGCUGUAGAACCUUUUGAGGAUCUGAGGACCCGUGACAAAUCUUUUCAGUCUCUUGAGGGGGAAUAGGUUUUGUCGUGCCCUCUUUACGACUGUCUUGGUGUGCUUGGACCAUGUUAGUUUGUUGGUGAUGUGGACACCAAGGAACUUGAAGCUCUCAACCUGCUCCACUACAGCCCUGUCGAUGAGAAUGGGGGCAUUUUUGGUCUUCUUUUUCCUGUAGUCCACAAUCAUCUCCUUUGUCUUGAUCACAUUGAAGGAGAGGUUGUUGUCCUGGCACCACACGUCCAGGUCUCUGACCUUCUCCCUAUAGGCGGUCUCGUCGUUGUCGGUGAUCAGGUCUACCACUGUUGUGUCAUUUGCAAACUUAAUGAUGGUGUUGGAGUCGUGCCUGGCCAUACAGUCAUGAGUGAACAGGGAGUACAGGAUGGGACUGAGAACCCACUCCUGAGGGUCCCCUGUGUUGAGGAUCAGCGUUGCGGAUGUGUUGUUACCUAUCCUUACCAGCUGGGGGUGGCCCGUCAGGAAAUCCAGGAUCCAGUUGCAGAGGGAGGUGUUUAGUCCCAGAGUCCUUAGUCUUCCAGCUGGUGCUCUCAUGCAUGUUUCAGUGUUAUUUGCCUUGAAGUGAGCAUAGAAGCAGUUUAGCUUGCCUGGCUCAUGUCACUGCGCAGCUCUCGGCUGUGCUUCCCUUCGUAGUCUGUAAUGGUUUGCAAGCCCUGCCACAUAUGACAAGUGUCAGAGCCGGUGUAGUACGACUCCAUCUUAGUCCUGUAUUGACGCUUUGCCUUUUUGAUGUUUCUUCGGAGGGCAUAGCAGGAUAUCUUAUAAACUUCCGGGUUAGAGUCCCGCUCCUUGAAAGCGGCAGCUCUAGCCUUUAGCUCAGUACGGAUGUUGCCUGUAAUCCAUGGCUUCUGGUUCGGGUAUGUACGUACGGUCACUGUGGGGAUGAUGUCAUCGAUGCACUUAUUGAUGAAGCCAAUGACUGAUGUGGUGUACUCCUCAAUGCCAUCGGAGGAGUCCCAGAACAUAUUCCAGUGUGUGGUAGAAAAACAGUCCUGUAGCUUAGCAUCUGCCUCAUCUGACCACUUUUAUAUUGAUCUAGACACUGGUGCUCCCUGCUUGAAUUUUUGCUUGUAAGCAGAAACCAGGAGGAUAGAAUUAUGAUCAGAUAUGCCCAAUGGAGUACGAGGGAGAGUUUUGUAUGUGUGUGGAGUAAAGGCGGCCUAGAUUUAUUUUCCUCUGGUUGCACAUUUAACAUGCUGAUAGAAAUUUGUUAAAACAUAUUUAAGUUUCCCUGCAUUAAAUCCCCGGUAACUGAAAGCGCCACCUCUGGGUGAGCGUUUUCUUGUUUGCUUAUGGCGGAAUACAGGUCAUUUAAUGCGUUCUUAGUGCCAGCCUCAGUCUGUGGUGGUAUGUAAACAGCUAUGAAAAACACAGAUGAAAACUUUCUAGGUAGAUAGUGUGGUCUACAGCCUAUCAUGAGAUACUCUACCUCAGGCAUUCAAUAGUUCGAGACUUCCUUAGACAUCGUGCACCAGCUGUUAUUUACAAAAAUACAUAGUCCGCCGCCCCUUGUCUUACCAGACUCCGCUGUUCUAUCCUGCCGGUACAGUGUCUAACCAGCUGUAUGUUGAUAGUGUCGUAGUUCAGCUACGACUCCGUGAAGCAUAAGAUGCUACAAUUUUGAAUGUCCCGUUGGUAGUUUAAUCUUCCGCGUAGAUCCUCGAUUUUGUUCUUCAAAGAAUGCACGUUUGCUAGCAGAAUGGAAGGAAGUGGGGGUUUAUUCGAUCGCCUACGAAUUCUCAGAAGGCAGCCCAUCCUCUGGACCCUUUUUCUUCACCUCCUCUACAUGCAAAUUACAGGGAUCUGGGCCUGUUCCCGAGAAAGCAGUAUAUCAUUCACGUCUGGCUCGUCAGACUCGUUAAAGGAAAAAAAGGAUUCUGUCAGUCCGUGGUGAGCAAUCGCAGUCCUGAUGUCCAGAAGUUAUUUUUGGUCAUAAGAGAUGGUAGUGGCAACAUUAUGUACAAAAUAAGUACAAAAUGAAGUUACAAACAACGCAAUUUUUUUUUUUUUUAACACAAUGGGUUGGGGACAUGUAAAAUGUCAGCCUUCUUCUCCGGCGCCAUCUUUAACCAUGGGUCAUGGUCAGUGAGUUAAAUAGCACUGUUUCUAGUCAUUUCUCCUCCCCAAUUUCCCAUUUAUUUUGUUGUUUUCAUAAUCCAUGUUCUAAUCCCUUUUUCCAUGUUCAUAGUCCUAAAACAAUAUUAAACAAACACAACAUUCCCAUCAAAUCAAAUGUAUUUAUAUAGCCCUUCUUACAUCAGCUGAUAUCUCAAAGUGCUGUACAGAAACCCAGCCUAAAACCCCAAACAGCAAGCAAUGUAGGUGUAGAAGCACGGUGGCUAGGAAAAACUCCCUAGAAAGGCCAAAACCUAGGAAGAAACCUAGAGAGGAACCAGGCUAUGAGGGGUGGCCAGUCCUCUUCUGGCUGUGCCGGGUGGAGAUUAUAACAGAACAUGGCCAAGAUGUUCAAAUGUUCAUAGAUGACCAGCAUGGUCAAAUAAUAAUAAUCACAGUAGUUGUCGAGGGUGCAGCAAGUCAGCACCUCAGGAGUAAAUGUCAGUUGUCUUUUUAUAGCCGAUCAUUAAGAGGAUCUCUAACCUCCUGCUGUCUCUAGAGAGUUGAAAACAGCAGGUCUGGGACAGGUAGCACAUACGCAAAGUGGCCCCAUCCGAUGAUACCCUGGACAGGGCAAAACAGGAAGGAUAUAACCCCACCCACUUUGCCAAAGCACAGCCCCCCACACCACUAGAAGGAUAUCUUCAACCACCAACUUACCAUCCUGAGACAAGGCCGAGUAUAGCCCACAAAGAUCUCUGCCAUGGCACAACACAAGGGGGUGUGCCAACCCAGACAGGAAGAUCACGUCAGUGACUCAACCCACUCAAGUGACACACCCCUCCUAGGGACGUCAUGAAAGAGCACCAGUAAGCCAGUGACUCAGCCCCUGUAAUAGGGUUAGAGGCAGAGAAUCCCCGUGGAGAGAGGGGAACCAGCCAGGCAGAGACAGCAAGGGUGGUUCGUUGCUCCAGACCCUUUCCAUUCACCUUCACACUCCUGGGCCAGACUACACCCAAUCAUAUGACCCACUGAAGAGAUGAGUCUUCAGUAAAGACUUAAAGGUUGAGAUCGAGUCUGCGUCUCACACAUGGGUAGGCAGACCAUUCCAUAAAAAUGGAGAUCUAUAGGAGAAAGCCCUGCCUCCAGCUGUUUGCUUAGAAAUUCUAUGGACAAUUCGGAGGCAUGCGUCUUGUAGCAUACGUGUAGGUAUGUACGGCAGGACCAAAUCGGAAAGAUAGGUAGGAGCAAGCCCAUUUAAUGCUUUGUAGGUUGGCAGUAAAACCUUGAAAUCAGUCCUUGCCUUAACAGGAAGCAGUGUAGGGAGGCUAGCACUGGAGUAAUAUGAUCAAAUUUUUGGGUUCUAGUCAGGAUUCUAGCAGCCGUAUUUAGCACUAACUGAAGAUAAUUUGGUGCUCUAUCCGGGUAGAGCAUUGCAGUAGUCUAACCUAGAAGAAAACAAAAGCAUGGAUACAUUUUUCUGCAUAAUUUUUGGACAGAAAGUUUCUGAUUUUUGCAAUGUUACGUAGAUGGAAAAAAGCUGUCCUUGAAACAGUCUUGAUAUGUUCGUCAAAAGAGAGAUUAGGGUCCAGAGUAACACAGAGGUCCUUCACAGUUUUAUUUGAGACAACUGUACAACCAUCAAGAUUAAUUGUCAGAUUCAACAGAAGAUAUCUUUGUUUUUUGGGACCUAGAACAAGCAUCUCUGUUUUGUCCGAGUUUAAAAGUAGAACGUUUGCAGCCAUCCACUUCCUUCUGUCUGAAACACAGGCUUCUAACGAGGGCAAUUUUGGGGCUUCACCAUGUUUCAUCGAAAUGUACAGCUGUGUGUCAUCCGCAUAGCAGUGUAAGUUAACAUUAUGUUUUCGAAUGACAUCCCCAAGAGGUAAAAUAUAUAGUGAAAACAAUAGUGGUCCUAAAACGGAACCUUGAGGAACACCGAAAUGUACAGUUGAUUUGUCAGAGGACACGCCAUUCACAGAGACAAACUGAUAUCUUUCAGACAGAUAAGAUCUAAACCAGGCCAGAACUUGUCCGUGUAAACCAAUUUGGGUUUCCAAUCUCUCCAAAAGAAUGUGGUGAUCGAUGAUAUCAAAAGCAGCACUAAGGUCUAGGAGCACGAGGACAGAUGCAGAGCCUCGGUCUGACGCCAUUAAAAGGUCAAGAGCAGUCUCAGUGCUAUGAUGGGGUCUAAAACCAGACUGAAGCAUUUUGUAUACAUUGUUUGUCUUCAGGAAGGCAGUGAGUUGAAGCGCAACAGCUUUUUCUAAAAAGUUUGAGAAGAAUGGAAGAUUCGAUAGUUUUUAUAUUUUCUGGGUCAAGGUUUGGCUUUUUCAAGAAAGGCUUUAUUUCUGCCACUUUUAGUGAGUUUGGUACACAUCCUGUUGAUAGAGAGUCAUUUAUUAUGUUCAACAUAGGAGGGCCAAGCACAGGAAGCAGCUCUUUCAGUAGUUUGGUUGGAAUAGGGUCCAGUAUGCAGCUUGAAGGUUUAGAGGCCAUGAUUAUUUUCAUCAUUGUGUCAAGAGAUAUUGUACUAAAACACUUGAGUGUCUCUCUUGUACCUAGGUCCUGGCAGAGUUGUGCAGACUCAGGACAACUGAGCUUUGGAGGAAUAUGCAGAUUUAAAGAGGAAAACCAACAGGAUCGAUCAAAGAUUCUCAGUGGUCAGUCUUCCCAGAGUCAUCAAACAGACCUGGCCUCCAUAUUCAGUUUGCUUGAAGAGAAUAUUAUGACAUUUGUGAAGAAUGAGCUGACAAUGUUCAAGAGGAUUCUUAGUCCAGAAAUCCCAGAAGGCUUUGAGAGUCAGAAGCAGGAUAAGGAAGUGGUGGACGCUGAAGAUGAGAAGCAGGAGAGCAGUGCCAGAGAGGGGGCUCUGAAGAUCACACUGCACAUCCUGAGAAAAAUGAACCAGAAGGAGCUUGCUGACACACUGGAGAAAAAUGAGCUUGCUGUGAUUUACAAACGUGAACUCAAAUCUAAUCUAAAGAAGAAGUUUCAAUGUGUAUUUGAGGGGAUCGCUAAACAAGGAAACCCAACACUUCUCAAUAAGAUCUACACAGAGCUCUACAUCACAGAGGGUGGAAAAGGAGAGGUCAAUAAUGAACAUGAGCUGAGACAGAUUGAGACAACAACCAGGAAACAAGCAAGACCAGAGACUGCAAUCAAAUGUAACGACAUCUUCACACCCUUAACUGGACAAGACAAACUUAUCAGAACUGUGCUGACAAAGGGAGUCGCUGGCAUUGGAAAAACAGUCUCUGUGCAGAAGUUCAUCCUGGACUGGGCUGAAGGAAAAGCAAAUCAGGAUGUCCAAUUUGUAUUUUCAUUCCCUUUUCGGGAGCUGAAUUUAAUAAAAGGGAAAAAACACACUUUGAUUGACCUUCUCAAUCACUUCUCAAUGGAAAACAAAGAAUCAAGAAUCUCCAACUACGACAAGUACAAAGUUUUGUUCAUCUUUGAUGGUCUGGAUGAGUGCCGACUGCCCCUAGACUUUCAGAAGAACAAGUUAUGUUGUGAUGUCACAAUGUCAACCUCAGUAGAUGUUCUAUUGACAAAUCUCAUCAAGGGAAAUCUGCUUCCCUCUGCUCUCCUCUGGAUAACUACCCGACCUGCAGCAGCCAGCAAGAUCCCUUCAGGUUGUGUUGACCAGGUGACAGAGGUACGAGGGUUCAAUGACCCACAGAAGGAGGAGUACUUUAGGAAGAGAUUCAGUGAUAAGGACCUGGCCAGCAGAAUCAUCUCGCACAUAAAGACUUCAAGGAGCCUCCACAUCAUGUGCCACAUUCCAGUAUUCUGUUGGAUUUCUGCAAUAGUCCUUGAACACAUGCUGAAACAUAAGAGAGAAGAGAUGCCCAAGACUCUGACUGAGAUGUACACACACCUUGUGGUGUUUCAUACCAAACAAAAGAAUGACAAGUAUCUUGGGAAAGAAGAGACAGGUCCACACUGGAAUAAAGAGAGCAUUCUAUCACUGGGAAAACUGGCUUUUCAACAGCUUGUGAAGGGAAAUAUAAUGUUCUAUGAAGAAGACCUGAAAGAGGCUGGCAUUGAUGUCAAUGAAGCCUCAGUGUACUCAGGAUUGUGCACACAGCUCUUUAAAGAUGAAUGUGGGCUGUACCAGGACAAGGUGUACUGCUUCGUACAUUUGAGCAUUCAGGAAUUUCUGGCUGCUGUAUAUGUGUUCCUCUCAUUCAUUAACAACAAUGAAAAUCUAAUGGUCAAACCUCAAUCAAUGCCCAGUAACUUUUUUGCGCUGUUCAAAAACAAGCAUGACGUUACUUUCUACAAGAGUGCUGUGGAUAAAGCCUUACAAAGUGAGACAGGAAACCUGGACCUUUUCCUCCGCUUCCUUCUGGGCCUCUCACUGGAGUCCAAUCAGAAGCACUUACGAGGUCUACUGACAAAGACAAGAAGCAGCUCACAAUGCCAUGAAGAAACAGUCAAGUACAUCAAGGAGAAGAUCAGGGAGAAUCCCUCUCCAGAGAGGUGCAUCAAUCUGUUCCACUGUCUGAAUGAACUGAAUGACCAUUCUCUAGUGGAGGAGAUCCAAAGCUACCUGAGAUCAGGAAGUCUCUCAGAAGCCAAACUGUCACCUGCACAGUGGUCAGCUCUGGUCUUUGUGUUGCUGACUUCAGAAAAGGAGCUGGAUGUGUUUGACCUGAAUAAAUACUCCAGAUCAAAGGAAGGAGUUCUGAUGCUGCUGCCAGUGGUCAAAGCAUCCAAAGCUGCUCUGCUGUCUGGCUGUGGAGUUACAGAGGAAAGCUGUACUUUUCUGGCCUCAGCUCUGAAGUCAAACCCCUCACACCUGAGAGUUCUGGAUCUGAGUUACAAUGACCUGAAGGAUUCAGGAGUGAAGCUGCUCUCUGCUGGCCUGGGGAAUCCCCGCUGUAAACUGGAGACUCUGAGGUUGUCAGCCUGUCUAGUCACAGAGGAAAGCUGUGCUUCUCUGGUCUCAGCUCUGAGGUCAAACCCCUCACACCUGAGAGAGCUGGAUCUGAGUAACAAUGACCUGAAGGAUUCAGGAGUGAAGCUUCUCUCUGCUGGACUUGGGAUUCCCCACUGUAAACUGGAGACUCUGAGGUUGUCAGCCUGUCUAGUCACAGAGGAAGGCUGUGCUUCUCUGGUCUCAGCUCUGAGGUCAAACCAAUCACACCUGAGAAACCUGGAUCUGAGUAACAAUGACCUGAAGGAUUCAGGAGUGAAGCUGCUCUCUGCUGUACUGGGGAAUCCCCACUGUAAACUGGAAAGUCUGAGGUUGUCAGCCUGUCUAGUCACAGAGGAAAGCUGUGCUUCUCUGGUCUCAGCUCUGAAGUCAAACCCCUCACACCUGAGAAGCCUGGAUCUGAGUAACAAUGACCUGAAGGAUUCAGGAGUGAAGCUGCUCUCUGAUGGACUGGGGAAUCCCUACUGUAAACUGGAGACUCUGAGGCUGUCAGGCUGUCUAAUCACACAGGAAGGGUGUUCUUCUCUGGGCUCAGCUCUGAGGUCAAACCCCUCACACCUGAGAGAGCUGGAUCUGAGUAACAAUGACCUGAAGGAUUCAGGAGUGAAGCUGCUCUCUGCUGGACUGGGGAAUCCACACUGUAAACUGGAGACUCUGAGGCUGUCAGGCUGUCUAGUCACAGAGGAAGGCUGUGCUUCUCUGGUCUCAGCUUUGAGGUCAAACCCCUCACACCUGAGAGAGCUGGACCUGAGCUACAAUUAUCCACGAGACUCAGGAGUCAGAUUGCUCUCUGCUAGACUGGAGGAUCCACACUGCAGACUGGAGAAACUCAAUGUGGAACAUGGUGGAGAGAAGACAAUGAAACCUGGGCUUAGAAAAUAUGCCUGUGAUCUCACACUGGACCCAAACACAGUAAACAGAUACCUCAUUCUGUCUGAGGAGAACAGAAAGGUGACAUGGAGUACAAAGGACCAGCCGUAUCCUGAUCACCCAGAGAGGUUUGAGGUCUGGGAACAGGAGCUGUGUAGAGAGGGUCUGACUGGGCGCUGUUACUGGGAGGUAGAGUGGAGUGGGAUAGGGGCUGAUAUGGGAGUGACAUACAACGGAAUCAUCAGGAGAGGAAGGGGUAAUGAUAGUAGGCUUGGAUGGAAUGACAAGUCCUGGAGUCUGGACUGCUCUAACAACAGUUACAGAGCCUGGCACAAUAAUAAUACCACUACCAUAGACGUCCCCCCCUCCAGCUCCCACAGAGUAGGAGUGUAUCUGGACUGGCCAGCCGGCACUCUGUCCUUCUACAGAGUCUCCUCUGACACACUGACCCACCUGUACACAUUCCACACCACAUUCACUGAGCCCCUCUAUCCAGGGUUUUAUGUUUGGUAUGACUCCUCAGUGUCCCUGUGUCAGGUGGUCCCUGUGUAAAACACAACAUGAUGUUUCCCUCUAAUCCUGGUCAUGUUCAGUAAGACACACUGGAGCAACAAUGUAGAAUAGCUCUCUAGUGUGUAAACAUAUGAUUGUAAACAUUAAUUAACACACACCAUUGAAAUUGACAGACAUUGUCAACUAGAGUCAUUCAUUAAUGUAAUUAAUCACCACAUUGUGUUGUAAUUUAGAAAUCAUUGAUCUUCUUGUUAUUGGGCUUCUUGGUGUUUGUAAAUAUUGUUGUCUGUAGACUGUUUAUUUUUCAAAUUCUUGACACAACAAUCUUGUUUCUGUAUAAACUAAAUUCCACUGAAUGAAAUGUACAUGUGACUAAUAAAGUUAAUCAACCAAAUG